GGCGCCUGAGUCCGCUUGCAUUGACACAAGAGCGGCGACAUAGAGGGCAGGUGAACGAAGAACUCGCAGGAGGACGAGCCAAGCCCCACCCACCUGUCCGCCCUUCCCACCUCGAGCAGUCGCCUCGCCUCGCGUCGCCGUCAAUCUGUACCGAAGCUGACUUCUUCCUAUGGCGUCGAUCGCCCCACGUCAGUGGCAUGCGCACUAGGGAGGUGACUGCAUUCAAUGGCAGUACAUAUGACCGUCAGCAGCCUCUCGACACAUGUAUCGUCGCAGCUCGAGCUGACAGUGCCAACGAGAUACCACGUUCAAUUGCACUCGUCGCUGCAAUUGCAUCUGCUUUUAUCCAACGUCGCGCACCAACUGGUAACAGCUGAAGGUUCACUCGAGUCGUAGGCUCCGCGAGUCGCGCCAGCUGAAGGUUCACUCGCCACCUACCCGACGAUCCCCCUCCGCUAGAGCCGCUUCAACGCGCCGCAUUCCCCCACCCUUGCCCACAUUGCCCACCCUCCGCGGAGCGUUUCCACGCGGCGGGCGCCAUGGGCGCGGCGGGGUCGCGCGAGGCGUGGGUGGUGCUGCCGGACGGCCGCGCGGAGAGCGUCCGCGAGCCGAUCACGGUGGCGCAGCUGCUGGCGCAGCACCCGGGCUGCCUCGUGUCGCAGCCCGACCUGCCGGGGAACCUCGGCGCGAAUCACGGCGAGAAUCGCAGCGGGAGACGGUGGAAUCUACCGGGGGACGAGGUGCUGCGGCGGGGGGAGAUGUAUGUGCUGCACUCCGCGGACCUGGGGAGCGUCGAGGACGUGUUUGCUGACGUGGCGAACCGCAUGCAGGCAAGGAGCCAGUCGCAGCGGCAGCAGCGCAAGGCCCGCGGAGGCCACUCGCGCUCCAAGUCCGCGUCGCUCAUCGACGCGGCCACUCGCACGGGCGAGGCGCAAGCGGAGGGGCCGGAAGCCCUGUUUGGGGGGACUCGCGGCGGUGGCGCUGGCGGAAGGCACAAGGGCAGCCGACCGCGGAGGACGCGCGCAGCGCCGGAAAUAGGGGCUCGUGCGGAAAAUCAGAGCCCGGAAAACGACAGGCGACUGGGAGGAGCAGUAUGCGCGAGCCGAUUGCGCGCACUGGCGGCAGCCGCCGCCGCGGAAAGCUCCCUCGAGGUCGGCGCGGGCAGCAGCGCCAGGAGCCUCCCCCACAGCCCCUCCUCCUCCCCCUCUCCCCCACUCUCCCCCCGCCUCUCCCCUCCCCGCGCCCGUUCCGCUCAUCGUCACGUGCGCGGCCUUCCCCCCCGCGCAACUGCGCGCCUGGCGCAAGCGCACGCAGGCGCGCACUGCAGGCGCGCGUCGAUAAGCGCGUUCCCCGUGUGGGGGGAGGGAGAGGCGAGCAGGGGGGAGAUAGGGAGAGGCAGGGGGGAGCAGAGGAGAGCGGGGAAUCGGGAAACGGUGGAAUCGCGGCUGAGAAACGGCGACAUUGCAGAGGGUGACAGUAGCGAAGGGUCGAUGGUGCUGACGUCAGCGAUGGUUGAUUUGUCGGAUGUGAUUGGCUACGAGGUGUCGCCUGUGUCGUCGCCCGAGGGGGGAGGAGAAGGAGGGGACAGCGGCAGCAGCGAGUGCAGUGAAGACGGGUUCAGGCCGGAGCGCCUGCCGCUGCACGCACUGGCCCUGGAGUCACUCAACGGCUCGGCGCGCAUGGGGGGGGCGGGCAGACGGGGAGGGGGAAGAGGCGCGGGGCAGGUGAGGGGGCAGGUGGGGAGGCAGGUGCGGGGCCAGGUGAGGGGGCGGGGGGGGGUGUCGCCCGCACUGCUGGAGCAUCUGCAUCGGGGGAACAUUGCAGUGCUGGGGGGGAACGCGGGGGGAGCGGCGCAAGGGGGAGGGGGGGCGGUGGUAGGGGCGGGGGGGCGGCCAGUGGGGCGCAGCGUGUCUGCGGAAGAGGGAGGGGGGCCGGUGCUGAGGGCCAGAGCUAGACUUGAGAGGGAGGCGUGGAGUGAGGGCGAGGAGGAGGACGAGGAAGAGGAGGAUGGGGGAGAGGAAGAGGGGGACGGGAGAGAGGAAGAGGGGGAGGAGGAAGAGGAAGAGGAGGGGGAGGUGGAUGAGGAGGAUGAUGAGGAAGAGGAGGAGGACGGGGAGGAGGAAGAGGGGGAAGAAGUGGAGGACGAGGAGGAGGAGAAGGAUUCAGAAACAGCGUCCCAGGCAGCAUCAGAGGCGGCGUCCCAGUGCACAUCUGUGGACUCCCCUGCUCAGCCGCACUUCUCGGCGUGUGCUGCCCUGGCGCACGCCAUUCUGCCCCACGCCGCCCCCAGACCCCUCUCAGGGGAGGGCAAAGGGAUGGGGGGAGUGGAGCAGGGAGAGGGGGCGAGUCUGGGGGAGAGCGGGAGUGGUAUUGGUGCAGGCAACAGAGGAGACUCGCGCCCCUCGUCCUCUCAAUCAGGCAGCAGUAGCUAUGCCCACGGCCACACGGGUGUCGCUGGCUGCCGCAAGGGCAGGCGAGAGAUGUCGGAGAGGCGGGCCCAGAGAGAGACAGGAGCGAGGGGAGAGGCGGCAGUUGGAGGGGACACGGACCCAGUGGCUGGUGAGGUGAAACGCAGCGGCAGGGCUGGGAGAGCGAAGGGUGGAACUAGGGGGGCGGACACAGCAGCAGGAGGAAGCAGAGGGGCAGCAGCGAGGGGCGCAGCAGAGGGCAGGACGAAGAGAGGAGGCAGCGUGGCGAGCCGCGGAGCGGGGUACGUGCGGUCGGCGUCGUUCCGCUCCGAGGUCAUGCUGCGGUCCCCCAACAUGGUGGUGGCAGGGGGCGGCGCAAGGCCCACAGAGAGAGCAGCAAGAGUAGGGGCGGGAGCAGCAGGGGGGCAGCAGGGGGGGCAGCAGGGGGGGCAGCAGGGGGGGCAGCAGGGGGGCAGCAGGGGGAGCAGCAGGGGGGGCAGCAGGGGGGGCAGCAGGGGGGGCAGCAGGGGGAGCAGCAGGGGGAGCAGGGUCGGGAGGAGCGGGAAGCGGGGAGAGGGGUAAGGGCGGGCGGCGGCGCAAGGGGUCGUUUGUGGAGGAGGAGUUCGGGACGAUCCUGGAGGAGUUCAUGCCGGGGGGGGUGGCAGGUGGCGCACGGGCAGGCGGGGCGUGCCACAGCAAGGCGCUCGUGCACGCCAUGGCGCUGGCCAGCGCCACGCCUAUGCUGCUGCACACGCCCAGUGGGCGGCUGCUGCACAACCCCGCCACUGCAGGCAGCACAGGCAGCGGGAGACUGGCGUUGAACCCACAGCAGUGAGGGCGCUGGCGCUGGAUGGUGGAAGGUGAGAGCGCGGUGAGGGCAUCAUGGGAUGCGCUGUGGCCUGCAUGGGGUUGGGGCGCACACGUGCAGAUGCAGGAAGGCACGUGACGGGCCUAGUGCUGAUUGAUAAGCCACCUUUGUACCCGAAGCCAUAGACCUCGGGCUAAUGGGCAAUUUUCUAACUCUUUAGGGGACUACGUGACGUGCAGCAGCAGCAGCAGCAGCAGCAGCACCCUCCCGUUGGUGGAAACAGCUGCCAUGCUUGCAGGAGCAAGCACUCAUUGCUGCAUGCUAUGCCAGUGCCCUCCAUUGACCACUACCGUACAUGAGUUGACCUGUGACAUGCUCUGCCUUGCUUUGCUUGUGACUGUACUCGUCACACUUCACUCUGUGCCAUGACUUGCGUCCGCAUUUCAGACUCCACUCACCUAACUGCUUUCGAAAGGAUGUAUACCUUAUUGAGUUGAGACCAGGAGUCCCAGCCCAGUCCCACCCAUCUAUCACCCAGGCUGGCAGUGACACCGCAGCAGUGAGGGGCUCUGCUGCUGGGAGGGCUGUUGGAAGGGGCGCACUGCGCGGGCAGGGCAUGCAUGAGAAGGGCCGGGCGCUAGCUACCGGUAACCGGUACUAGUGGAGUUGAGAAGCCACCUGUGCAUUGGGAUCAGCUGGCAGGCGAUGCGACCAUGGGUUAGUGGACGGCUCUGCUGCCACCCUGACAAUGUCAUGUGCAGCAGCUGCGCCACCCUCUUGCUGCUGUGCUUCCUGCUGUGCUUCCUGCUGUGCUUCCUGCUGUGCUUCCUGCUGUCCUCCCUGCUGUGCUUCCUGCUGUGCUGCUCUUGAAAUUUCAGAGCUGCCAGCUCUCGUGGCUGCGUGCUGGUUGUCGCUUUAUGGGGGAGCUACGGCACGUUGAUUUGACCGGGGAAACAUUUCUGCACGAUUUGCUCCAGCCCAUGUAGUAUUCUCCUGGCUGACCAUUGCAUGCCAAUCAUAGCUGCUUGCGAUGACUUGGAAUGAAUCAACCUUGUUUCA